GCUCACGGGUGGUGUAGGCUACUCCAUAUCAUCAUUCAUUGAAAGUCAUAACCAUCCCAUGAUGUCCCUUCAAUCUAGGCCCUUUUUGAAAAUGAACAGAAAUCUAGAAAUUGGCCACAAGAAGUUUAUGUUGAAUUGUGCAAAGGCGAACAUUGGCCCUAUGAAGUCCUACCAAUUGUUUAAGGAAUCAGUUGGUGGCUUGAAUAAUGUGGGUGCCACUGCAAUUGACUUCAAAAAUUUCAAACGAGACUUAAAGGCAUAUAUUGCAGGCGCUGAUGCUCAAAUGCUCAUUGACAAACUAUUCAAAAAGAAACAAACAUGCUCUGCAUUCCAUUUUGACUAUGAUGUUGAUGAGAGUGACCAGCUAACUAGGGUAUUCUGGUGCGAUCCUAUUGCUAAAAAGAACUACGCAAUGUUUGGAGAUCUCAUUUCAUUUGAUGCAACCUUCAACACAAAUAGGUACAAAAUGGUUUUUACACCAUUUACUGGUGUAGAUAAUCACCGCAGAUGUGUAACCUUUGCAGCUGGUCUGCUGCGCAGAGAAGAUGUUCCUUCGUACAGAUGGUUGUUCAAUCGCUUUCUUGAUGCUUCUAUGGCUAUUGCUAAUCCAGAGGUUUUCCCAAACACAGUCCAUCGUCUCUGUAUGUGGCAUAUUACCAACAAAAUUACGUCCAAAGUUGACAAUGAACUUGCAAAAGAUCAGGACUUUUUGACAAGGUUAAACUCUGUAAUAUGGAGUCAUUACCUCGAGCCUGAAGACUGGGAAAAACAAUGGCAUGAGGAUGCAGGUGCUGGAGAACCUAACCUCUUUGAAAAUUACUGUGGUGUUCCCGCUCCAUCAGUGAUUAAAGUGCUUCCACCUCAACCAGCUCACAACAAGGGUAGUGGUAAGCGCAUCAAGAGUGCUAAAGAGCUCCAGAUUGAACAAAGCAAGAAGAACAAACGCUUGUGUCGAACUUGCAAAGAGCUGGCCUAUCACGAUAGUAGAAAUUGUCCGAUGAAUACUUUGACAUAAUAUUACUUUUUUCCUACAAACAUUUUAUUUUUUUUGUGUUGAAUCUUUUUAGCGCAAGAUGGACUCAUGUGUCCCAUAUAAGGUCCCCCCCCCCUCUCCUUUAAUUUUUUCCCAUUACUUGUGUAUUACUCCAAUUUUGAUUACCAAUGAAAUAAUUUAUUCAUCAAUUCAUGCAUUGUACGUAUCUCCACAUCAUCAAAAGUUAGACUUAUGUUCCAACACUGCCUCACACACUUCACCUUACAUGAAACACGAAUGAAACGCCUUAAUAGUU